UCUCGAUAAAAAUAAAUCCUGGCCGUCGACUUGCGUGUAUCAGGCGAAUUAGGGUUUUAGACUUAUAGUAUUUAUUCUGGCAGGCAAUACCAUUUUCCUCUUAUUGUCUGCUCUCUGCCAUCACUGUGAGCAUCAUCGAUGGCGUUUGUAAAAGCUCAGAAGUCGAAAGCUUACUUCAAGCGUUUUCAAGUUAAAUACAAGAGAAGGAGAGAGGGUAAGACUGAUUACAGAGCAAGGAUUCGUCUAAUCAACCAGGACAAGAACAAGUAUAACACUCCAAAAUAUCGAUUUGUUGUGCGAUUUACCAACAAAGAUGUAACUGCACAAAUUAUACAUUCGACCAUUGCUGGUGAUAUAGUUCUUGCAGCUGCCUACUCCCAUGAGCUCCCUAAAUAUGGCCUUGAAGUGGGACUCACCAAUUAUGCUGCAGCUUACUGCACUGGGCUUCUUUUGGCCCGACGCGUACUGAAAACGCUUCAGAUGGAUGGGGAGUAUGAAGGAAAUGUUGAGGCUACUGGAGAAGAUUUUUCUGUUGAACCAGCUGGAGAAAGGAGACCUUUCCGUGCUCUUCUUGAUGUUGGACUUGUGAGGACAACAACUGGAAACCGUGUUUUUGGUGCUCUCAAGGGAGCUUUGGACGGUGGACUUGAUAUUCCCCACAGUGACAAGAGGUUUGCAGGAUUCAGCAAGGAUAGCAAGCAGCUUGAUGCUGAACUCCACCGAAAGUACAUCUAUGGCGGCCAUGUUGCUGCAUACAUGAGGAUUUUGAUGGAAGAUGAACCAGAGAAGUACCAGUCUCACUUCAGUGAGUAUGUAAAGAGAGGUAUUGAUGCUGAUAACAUGGAAGAGCUUUACAAGAAGGUACAUUCUGCCAUACGUGCAGAUCCCAUAACGAAGAAGACAGAGAAGCAGCCUCCAAAGGAGCACAAGAGAUACAACCUGAAGAAGUUGACCUAUGAGGAAAGAAAGAAUAAGUUGAUUGAAAGGUUGAAGGCUCUUAACUCUGCUGCUGACGCCGAGGACAGUGAUGAAGACUGAGUGUACUUGACAGAAUUGUCUAUUUAUUUCAAGAACAAGAUUUUGGCUAUUUUCUGUUAAGUAGGCUGAGGAUUAUUUAUUGUUUUGCAGCGAAUUUCAGUUUCUUUUACCAUUUUUUUGGAUUAAUUGAAAGAUUUCUAGUCUCUAUUUGGCAAACCCCUUGGAAAUUAUAAAAUUACUAUAGAAAAACUAAUGGAACGGAGAGCAGUUGUUCUUGUGAUCGUA